GCCGAAGGCCUUCACUCCCUCCAGGCAAUCCCAAUCUAAACGUUCGCUUCACGGCUUUAAUUUGUGCCGCACUCCCUUCCUCGCACUGUGCAGCCUUGAGCCUCUUUCUCGCCCAUUCCUUCUCUCCAUUGAGGUGUGACCUGCUGGAUUGCGCUCUUUGGACUCUGCUUUAGGCUUCUGUUUUCGGCGCGGAGUCGACUCGACUUCGAAGAUAGGCGGCGGAGGAGGAGUUUUUAUGUGGAGUGAAUUGGUGUCUGUUCCGGCUCCCAGAUCCAUUGAUUGCUACCAAGGAAGAAGAAAUGGGUCAGCAACCUGUUGUCCAACAGGCGGAUACCACUUGUGGAUCGCUGCUUCGUGAACUCCAGCACAUCUGGGAUGAGGUAGGGGAAAGCGACUCCGACAGAGAUAAAAUGCUCUUGCAGCUGGAACAGGAAUGCCUGGAGGUGUACAGGCGCAAAGUGGAUAAUGCCAGCCAAAAUCGCGCACGUCUGCACGAAUCCCUUGCCAAUGCCGAAGUAGAAUUCGCUGCAUUAUUCUCCGCUCUCGGGGAGCCCACACUCAGUCAGCGAGAGAGGCGUUCUGGAACUCUUAAAGAGCAAGUUGAUGCAAUCAAACCCCACCUAGACGAAUUACGCAGGAGGAAGGACGAACGUGCGAGACAAUUUCUUCAAGUGAAGUCGCAGAUUGUUAGUAUUUGUACCGAAAUUGCAGGAUCGGAUUAUGGACAUAUGUUCUCCAAUGAAGAGCCAGAUCUUUCUCUCAGAAGACUUGAGGAAUACCAGGCACAGUUAGUAACUUUUCAGAAAGGGAAGAGUGAAAGGGUGCAUAAGGUUCUGGAGUACGUGAACUUGAUCCAUCAGUAUUCCGUCGUUAUGGGGAUGGACUUCUUUCAACUUAUUUCCGAGGUUCACCCCAGUCUCGACGACACGAAGGGGCUUCCUAAAAGUAUUAGCAACGAUACUCUAGACCUUCUUGUGAAGACUAUACAAUCCCUGGAAGAUGAAAAGAAACGACGGGCUAGAAAGCUUAAAGACCUCGGUGUGAUAAUGCUAGAUUUGUGGAAAUUAAUGGAAAUUCCAUCCCGUGAGCAAGUAGCAUUUGAAAAUGCCGUUCGCAAUAUCGAAGCUGAUGAAGACGACAUUACCACUCCCGGUUGUCUUUCAAUGGAAUUUCUCGGACAGGCGGAGGUUGAGGUUGACAGGUUGCAGCUUCUGAAGAUCAGCAAGAUGAAAGAGAUUGUUCUGAAGAAGCGUUUGGAACUGGAAGAAGUGUGUCGCAAUGCUCAUUUGGAGCCUGAUGUGAAUACGUCCGAAGACAGGCUUGUAGCUUUGAUUGAAUCAGGCAUGGUUGAUGCUGCAGAUCUUCUUACUAGCCUCGAGGCUGAGAUCAGCCGUGCCAAGGAAGAAGUGGCCAGCAGGAAAGACAUCAUGUCGCUUAUGGAGAAAUGGAUGUCAGCUUGUGAGGAGGAAGCAUGGCUCGAAGAUUACAACAAGGAUGAGAACCGGUUUGCCAGUAAAGGUGCACAUCUGAACUUGAAACGAGCAGAGAAGGCUCGCGCAGCGAUUGCCAAACUUCCAGCCUUGGUGGAUACUCUAACACAAAGGACCAGAGUUUGGGAAGAAGAAAGGAAUGUUCCUUUCAUGUUUGAUGGGGUGCGGCUGCUUGCGAUGCUGAGCGAGUAUAAUCAUCUCAGAGAAGAGAAAGAAGAGGAGAAACGACGGCUGAGGGACCAGAGAAAACUUCACGAACAGUUAUUGAAUGAAAAGGAGAGUUUGUUCGGUUCCAAGCCGAGUCCUAGCAAAAAUGCCCUUAACCUUAGAAGAGCUGGAGUUGGAUCAAGAGCCAGCAGUAUCGGUGGGGGCCAGCAAACUGUACCAAACAGACGGCUAUCGCUUGGCAAUGCAAUAAUGCAUCCAGGUACACCAGAAUCUACUCGAAUUGGAGGAUGUACAAGGCAGGGAUUCUCAGGUAACAAAGAGGUUAAGCCAUCGCGUUCGAGACCAGCUGCUCCGUCCAACUACGUCGCAAUCCAAAAGGACGAUAAUACCUCUGCAGGUGGCAAGCAUGGAGUGUCUGCUCGUAGUCAGCCCCAGGCCCAAGAUACCGUAGCUCGUCAACCGCUGGGUCCUGUUCCUCCUACGGCAGCAUUACAGCAACUACAUGUCGACGAUGCUGGCAACCGGGCGGCUUCGGUGGCAAACAAAACAGGUGUCUCGUCUGCUGCCCACCUAAAGAGUCCCCUGAAGGUCACCCUAAUAAGUCCUCAUGUUGGAGAUGUUGAGAACACUAUCCCCCGUGUGCAGCCGGCUCUUGAAUUCUCGUUUGAGGAACGCAGAGUCAGCAACGCUUCCUGCGGUGAUUUGCAGAAUGGAUUUUGGAAAAGCAUGAACAGCUGAGACCCGCGUGAACUACUUUUUGUCUCAUUGUACUUUAGCCGUUCAUAUUAAUACGUUCGUUGGGCCAUGUAUGCCAGUCUCCUCAACUGGGUGCAGUUAGAGAGGUUGCCGUCCUGGAAUAACAAUAUGCCUAGAAUGCAAUGUUGCGUGAGCCAGCAGGGAGACCGAGUAUCAGCCUUUUGAGAAAUUAGAUCUGCGGGCAUUUCUUAUUAGUGCCGCGCCAAUCGCACGUUGGCUACGCAUUGAAGAAUGUUGCUGUUGUACACAUACAUUUAAGAGCUAAACUAUUACACUAAAUCCAAGUUUUCUACCAUACGAAUAAGUGUGCCAAUUUUCA